CCCAUUCAACACUUUCUUUUUCCUCUAUCUUUUCUCCACAUAUCACCUUCCACUCAAAAAAAAAAAGAGCGACCAACUGACUAUGGCGUAUCAUCCCGACAUUCCAUUGAGCCGCACCUUCAUGGUUAUGACACUGGAAUCUUUUCUUGAUGACUGGGCUGUCCGUGCCACCUGGAUGGCAUACAGUGCACUGUUUUCUCUCUGGUGCGCAUCAUGGCUUGCCAGUGCUGUCUCUACUGGUCAUCGACAACCGUGGUCUCGUCGUGUGGUCAUUGACGGUGAUGGAAACUCGCUUCCGCAGCAAGAACAAGUGGCUUCAACGGCGAGUGACCCAGCCAGCACAUCUAUGCAAGAGAAGGACGAGACCCAAGAUGAAAAACUGUCUUCUUUGAAAAAGUCGGUAGCCACCAAAGCAGCGAAAACGCCAAUGUCGCGUCAUGAUGCUGUUGCUCCCACUCCCUCCAAGACAUCAUCUGUUCAAUCGUUUCUUGAGAGCCUCAAGGAGUCUCGUGAUAUGCUGCGAGAUCUCUCCCAGAUGCUGAUUUCUGCGCUUACAGUCAACACCUUUGCCAGCGGAACUCAACGAACGGCCAUGGUGAUUUCGUAUUUUUUCUUGUCGUAUGGCAUCUAUUCUGUUUUGAGCAACAACGCCAAAACUGUUCCCACUGACGGAAGAUGGUCAGUCCACAAGGUUGCCAAGGCUGGAUUGCCCGUUGCAGCCAUUGCCAUUAUCGGGCUUGCCUGGUAUGAAGGCUUCUAAUGCGUGUCCGUUGUUCUUACCUACGUAGCUGCUAGUACAUUCAAAAAAAAAUCCAGAAUGAAGUAACCAAUGCAUAAGAUCUGAAAACAAACAACAAACUUGUUUAUAUGAUACCAACAUCCUUGCUUUACACUUGUAUUACGG